AUGAGCAUCCUGCUGCCCAACAUGGCGGAGUUCGACACUAUCUCAGAACUGGAGGAGGAGGAAGAAGCGGCAACGUCGUCGUCGUCGCCAUCGUCGUCGUCGGUGUCUGGCCCCGACGACGACGAAGAGGAAGAUGAGGAGGAGGAGGAAGAGGAGGAGGAAGCGCUACCUCCGCCUCGGGUAGUGAGCGAGGAGCAUCUGCGAAGAUAUGCCCCAGACCCUGUUUUGGUUCGCGGCGCCGGCCACAUCACUGUGUUUGGCUUGAGCAACAAGUUUGAUACUGAAUUUCCCUCAAUUCUAACAGGGAAGGUGGCCCCUGAAGAAUUUAAGACCAGCAUUGGCCGUGUGAAUGCAUGUUUGAAAAAGGCUCUUCCAAUCAAUGUAAAAUGGCUGCUGUGUGGUUGUCUCUGUUGCUGUUGCACACUGGGUUGCAGCAUGUGGCCUGUUAUUUGUCUCAACAAAAGAACCAGAAGAUCAAUUCAGAAGUUAUUAGAAUGGGAAAAUAACAGAUUAUAUCACAAGCUUGCUUUGCACUGGAAGUUGACUAAAAGGAAAUGUGAAACUAGCAGUAUGAUGGAGUAUGUAAUACUAAUAGAAUUCGUACCAAAAUAUCCCAUAUUUCGACCUGACUGA